AUGAGCUAUGCCUCAGCAGUAGCCGGUGCUUCAGGCGAUUCAGACCGUAGCGAUCCCAAACCCGCAUCGACGAACAGCACCGACAAGGAAGACCAUGCCCAAGCAUGUGGGACGGAUUUUGAAUGCCAUUCGACUGAGAACGCUCAGCUUCAAGCACGACACAAGCGCCUGCGGGAAGGUCGAGACCAUUACAAGCUUCUUUCCGAGAACACCCAGCUCACGGUAGAAUGCCAGGCGCUCGAGAAUGAGGCCGCAAGAUACAAGUCCCUCUACGAAUUCCCCGACGCUACGCGGCUGCUGUCCGCGCCUUCUCGUCCUCGCACCAUCACCGACCUGCCACCCGAAAUCAUGCUGUUCAUCUUCGAACGCGCGGUCGCGCCGCCCUUCCUCGCCAGCCCCCUUUACACUGCCCUCGAGACUCCCUGGCUCACCGCCAUGUCCACCAAGUGCGCCCUCAGCCUCGUCUCCCGCUCCUGGCAUCAGACCGCCGCUCAAGUUAUCUACCGCGACGUCGGCCUUCGCAGUAUCGGCCAGAUCACCGCCUUCCUGGAAACUUUACUCAACGCCCGAAUGGACCUCGCGUCGCUGGUCCGGUCGAUUACGAUGGCCUGCUAUGUCCCGCAUCAACAUGAGGAGAUAUACAAUGAUGAUAUGCGGACGAUCUUGCUGUUGUGUCGACGAUUGCAUAGUUUCUCGAUGUGUUCGCGAGAUGGGGCUCAUUGCGACUUCUUCCCUCUGCAGCUCUGCCCGCCGUCGCUCGUCAGGGGUAUCGUUCACCUUCGGCUGAGCGAACACUUGUGGUAUUGGGAAAAUUUGAUGGAGCUUCUCGCCACCUCAAGUCACUGCCUUGAAACCCUUCAGCUGCCUCUCGCCGAUCAUGGAAUCGAUAAAUAUGCGCCAUCCGGGCUCGUCUUUCCCGCGCUGCUCACGCUGACCCUAAUAUCGGAUUACGACUCGAUAUUGCGAGUGGCUGCGAAGUGGGGAAUGCCGCGCCUCCAAAACCUAACUCUGAACGGCUUCGGAUUUAACAACACCGCCCAGGCCCUGCAAGCGCUUGCCCUUCAGAACGGACAGUACGUCAAAUACCUCCAUCUACAUAGCUCAAGUCGCCGCCUCCUCGACGAUGACAUCCAAGCCGUCCAAUUCUUUCCGCGCCUCGAACACCUCGUGCUGUCUCCCAACAUGUUCGGCACCCUGGCACACCCGGCCCUACAGUGGAUCGAUCUCUGGGAGCCCCAAUUAGACAAAAACUACGCCGGCGAUACCAAUCUCCUCGGCCUGCCCAACCUGAGCGAAACCCCCCUCUUUCAAGAGGUCAACACCGAACACUGCCCCUUCCUCCGCGGCAUGCGCUCCCUUGACCACGGGCUCUUCCAUAUGUGGGACUUGCCAAGACUCCUCAAGCCGUGCGCAGCGCCGCCGCUGGGCGAGUACACGGCGUGGGAGUAUCCGGGCGUCUGCGUGAAGCAGAGCGCGAACCGGGUGUGGCGGGGAGAUUUGGAGCGCGUGCAUGUGGAUAGGAGGAUUGAUGAGGAGAGUGAAAGUGAGGGCGAGAGGGAUGAGGAUGAGGAUGAUGAGGAUGAGGAUAGUGAGGAUGAAGAUGAUGAAGACGAGGAUGGGGAAGAUGAAGAGGAUGGGAAUGGGUACGAUGAGGAUGCUGAAGAUGGUGCAGGGUCCGACGACGAUGUUAACAUCGGUAAAGGCGCGAACGUUGACGAAGAGGACGCUGUUCCGUUCGCAUCAAUCACUCGCAAACGCUCGGAAUCUCUCCUGUCCCAUUCCACAAUGGACGAAGACGACAGCGAUGAGGCGGAGGCCAAAAUUGAUGAAGACGAGACCGAAUGCGACGACGGAAAUGACGACGACGGAGAAGAUGCUGACGAGGACGACGAUGCCUCCACCGACAGCGAUGAGGAAUCCAGCGACGAAGACGAUGACUCCGUGUUCUAUCCCGACUCCUCGUCGUAUAGCGAUUCUGACUCUGUGCAUAGCUCGGAUACAGAGGGAGAUGUGGAGGAGCAAGUAUCUGAUAAUGAAGAGAUACCACAGCUGAUGCAUGACGAGGCCCUUGCGAUCUUUCGACGCUGGCCUCGUCUUGGUGUUGACUGA